CUGGUUUUGGUUUUUGCAAAUUUAGAGAACGAGAGAGAAAAGAAAGAAAGGAAGAACACAGAGAAAGAAACCUUGGCCCUCCCUCUUUCAGAGAAGAUGAUCGAAGAGAGGUCUCUUCUCUGAGAUUAUCCUGAAAAGGGAAGUCAAGAAGAUAAGAUUUUUAUCUUUGAAAAACAAAAAAAUUGGUUCUUGUUGCUGCAUUUUCAAUUUCCAACCCUCAAACCUACCCGUCAUUUAUCAAUCGUUAUCAAGCCCCACCAUUGCCGUUCCUUAAAGGGUUUUCAUAUCACCAAUAUCUCAUCUUCAACAACACCAGCAAUCAUUGCAUUCGUUCUCACGCCCUUUUAAAAUUUUCCAUUUUUCCUGGUUUUGCAAAUUCUUGCAUGAAACUGCAGAACCCAGAAGAUGAGAGACCGGAUUUCGGUCAUCAGCUUCAACGAACCAGCUGAAUUUUUAAUUCCGCAUCAACGAUGAUGAGUGUACAGUUUACAUGUGAAAAUCGAUAAUAUCUAUUAUAGGUUUUGUAAAUAGUUGGUUUUCUAUAGCAAUGGGUGUUAGAUGGAUCAAACACACAACCCAUUUCUCGUUACUUGUGAUGUUGGUUGUAUUUUUGGAGAUUAAAGGGUGUUGUUCUCUCAAUUCAGAAGGAUUGGCAUUGUUGGAAUUCAGGGAAAGUGUUGAUUCUGAUCCUCAUGGUGUUCUUGCAAAUUGGGAUCCUAAUCAUGAUAACCCAUGCAAGUGGUCUGGUGUAUAUUGUGUCAACCAAAAAGUUCAAAUUCUUGUGCUUAGCAAGAACCAAUUUUCGGGUUUUAUCCCAAAAGAGAUUGGGCAGCUAACAAUGCUGGAGGUCUUAGACUUGAGAAAUAACCCACUGAAUGAAAUUAUUCCAGUCGAGUUAACAGGAUUGCGAUCUUUGAAACAACUAUUCAUUGAUAACAAUUUAUUCGAAGGCGAGAUUCCUUCUGAUGAAAAGAAUGCUUGUUUAAGUCGAAAACUUAGGCUCUGCGUCUGGAUGAGAAACAACAAAGAAAAGGCUCUGGUUGGUUCUAGAAGGCGCAUGCUUCUUCUGCAAGGGUCUAAUGGUAAUAUUGCAGCUAUCCCGGCUAGUGGGUCCAUUCCUGGACCGAUAGUUGCUGUUCCAAUUAGCCGCAGUAGUGGGUCUUUUUCUGCUGUGCCAUCUUCUACCGAGUUAGCUCAGAACGGCUUAACGGGAAGUAACUCGGCUGGGGAGAAAGAAUCGAGUGGAAAUAGAUGGAAGUGUAUAGCUAUAGGAAUAGGAUCAGUUUUCAUCUUGCUUAUAAUUGUUGCUGUAAUGAUCUUCCUUUGUCGAACUAAAGCAGUUCCACACAUCGUUCCAUGGAAGACUGGAUUGAGCGGUCAACUGCAGAAAGCAUUUGUUACGGGUGUUCCUAAAUUAAACCAAGGAGAACUACAAGCAGCUUGCGAGGAUUUCAGUAACAUUAUUGAUACAAUAGAAGGUUGCACGGUCUACAAAGGAACAUUGUCGAGUGGAGUUGAGAUUGCUGUUGCAGUGACCGAAAUAGCUUCCUCAAAAGACUGGUCAAGGCACAUGGAGCGAGCUUAUAGGAAGAAGAUUGAUACACUAUGUCGGGUGAAUCACAAGAAUUUCGUUAACCUAAUUGGUUUCUGCGAGGAGCAGCAUCCUUUCACUAGAAUGUUGGUGUUUGAGUAUUCUCCGAAUGGAAGACUAUCUGAACAUCUACACGUGAAAGAAUUGGAACAUCUGGAUUGGAACAUGAGGAUGAGGAUCAUCAUGGGAAUAUCCUACUGUCUUCAAUACAUGCACGAUCUCAAUCCUCCGGUCACACAUACGAAUCUGAAUUGCAAACAUGUCUUUUUAACAGAUGACUAUGCUGCUAAGAUAGCUGAGAUUAUUUUCAAGAAUCAAACUUUGUCUUCUAGAAAUCAAGGGGAGGAAGAUUCCAGUCACUCUGGACUUCCACCAUCAGCCGAACCCGAAACCAAUGUCUACAGUUUCGGUAUUAUCUUGCUUGAGAUCAUCUCGGGGAAGGUCCCGUUUGAAGAAAGUGGCGCUCUUUGCAACUGGGUGGCUGAAUACUUGAGUGGAAUGCAGAACAUCAAUACAUUGACUGAUCCAACCCUCGAAUCGUUCAAAACCAAUCAGCUAAACGUCAUCGGGGAAGUGAUCAUGCUUUGCACUCAAGGGGAUCCGAAGAAGAGGCCUUCGAUGGUAGAAGUAACCUCGAAACUGAGGGAAGUGAUCCCACUUUCUCCCGAGCAAGCAGUUGCUAGGCUUUCACCCCUCUGGUGGGCAGAACUUGAGAUUUUAUCCUCAGAAGCUGCUUAAAUAAUCUCAAUUUCGUUUAUCAAAGUUUGCGAGUCGAAGAUCCUCAUUCCGUGGCCCACAUUAGUAUUAUCCGUUAAUUAUAUAUUACCUUUUGUUAAACUAUGUUGUCGUCGUCAUUUGAUUUUUACUUUUUUUUUAUAUAUAUAUUUUUUGUGAUAUAUUUUCUCCCAAGUUCUGUAUUAGUGGUGUUCCACGAGUUCUGUAUUGCGGCCCCUUGUUUAUAAAAAAAAAUAAAAAUGAAUUUAUGUCA